AUGUUGGAAGCAACCAGCGGUCUCUUUAACGAUAUUACCCUAGAGCAGUACCACGAGUACGACCUGGCAAUCACGAACCGCAUGACAAGUGAGUCCAUCACAUUGAACUCGGCACCGUUGCUAACGCAUCUUCAGGUCGUCCCCAAUCGUCACCUACGAUCGCUGCGCAUCGUCAAUAAUGCGGUGCGAAGUAUCCCUGAAACGAUAGCCAACCUGCCUAAUCUUCAAUUUCUGGGCAUAGAGCAGGCCUUUAUACGCGUGCUAGAUUUAGGCUUGCUGUGUGCUCUUCCCAAACUGAAAACGUUGCAAAUGAUCAACAAUCACAUCGGUUUGGUGCUUCCAGCACACGGGUCUAGCUGUGGCAGUCCGCUUCAAGAUGUUUUACUUGAGCGCAAUCAUCUAACGACGCUAGAUAUGGCAGUAUUUGCACCAUUCGUAGCGAUGACACGUUUGUUUCUUCAGCAUAAUCACAUGAAGUCGAUCUUCUGCUCGAAUGCAACGAGCCUGCCACUUCUUGAGCUAAUAUCGCUAGGACCAGGAAACAAUCUGUCGUGGAUUGAUUUUGAAUUGUUACACUUGCCUGCCUCACUCACGCUAGACUUGAAGGACAAUCGCAUUAAGCAAUUACCGUUCCUAAACCACCACAAGAUGCCCGCUUUGGCACGAGUCUAUCUCGAUGGCAACCAGCUAAGCACGGUCGAUCUGGCCCAGUUCCACAGACACCAACAGAUCGACGGCUUCUAUUUUCCCCGAAACCAACUACAUUACGCCACCUGCAGCCAGUACGUUCAUUUGCCACUGCUAUCGUUUUUGCAACUCUCCGAAAACAUGCUUGAAUCUAUUUCAUUAGAAAAUUGUAGCUUUCCGAAUCUACGCUCCAUAGCGUUGGACAUGAACCGGAUCCAGUAUAUACCGGUGGAGAUCUACGUUGGUGACGUGUCUCCUAGCUGUGUGCUGAGCAUGCGAUACAAUCCAAUACGAUGCACUUCGCUGCAGACGCAUGCCAAACUACUGACCACACCACAAUACCAUCCAAAGCUGCUGGUUACAAACGCAGCAAGGUGUGUUGACAUGAAGUUCAACGGACAGAUUCUGAUAAGUGAACCAAAUUCAGCAUGCUGUAUGGUGUAA